AUGGCGGUGAAUAAGUCCGCGGUGUUAAUAGUUUAUCUAUUUGCCAUCAUCACUACUAGUGUUGUUGGUGAAGAUCCAUACAGAUUCUUCAGCUGGAACGUUACAUACGGUGACAUUUAUCCACUUGGUGUUCGCCAACAGGGUAUACUUAUCAACGGGCAAUUUCCAGGUCCAGACAUUCAUUCUGUGACAAACGAUAACCUCAUUAUCAAUGUCUUCAACAGCUUAGACGAACCCUUUCUGUUAUCCUGGAAUGGAAUCCAGCAGAGAAGGAACUCGUACGAAGAUGGUGUGUUUGGAACAACAUGUCCCAUUCCUCCCGGAAAGAACUUUACAUACAUACUUCAAGUCAAAGAUCAAAUUGGUAGUUUCUAUUAUUUCCCAUCUCUUUCAUUCCACAAAGCUGCCGGUGCUUUUGGAGGUAUUAGGAUCCUCAGUAGGCCAAGGAUUCCAGUUCCGUUUGAUGAUCCUGCCGGUGAUUACACUAUUCUUAUUGGAGAUUGGUACAAAUCCAAUCACACUGAUUUGAAAGCCCAACUUGAUAAUGGUAAGAAGUUGCCUUUCCCUGAUGGCAUCCUUAUUAAUGGCCGUGGCUCUGGAGGAUCAUCUUUCAAUGUCGAGCAAGGAAAGACUUACAGGCUUAGAAUAUCAAAUGUCGGCUUGGAAAAUUCACUCAAUUUUCGCAUACAAAACCACAAUUUGAAGCUAGUAGAAGUCGAAGGAACACACACCCUUCAAACCACCUACUCCUCCCUUGAUGUUCACGUUGGUCAAUCAUACUCAGUUCUAGUUACCGCAGAUCAACCGGGUCAAGACUAUUACAUUGUUGUUUCCUCUCGGUUUACUUCUCCGGUACUAACCUCGACCGGAGUUCUUCGCUAUAGCAACUCUGCAGGUGCAGUUUCAGGCCCACCUCCUGGCGGGCCUACAAUCCAAAUUGACUGGUCCUUGAAUCAGGCCCGUUCUAUCAGGACAAACCUGACAGCAAGUGGACCAAGACCAAAUCCACAAGGAUCAUACCAUUACGGCAUGAUAAACACAACGAGAACAAUCGUACUUUCAAGUUCAGCUGGACAAGUGAAUGGAAAGCAAAGAUACGCGAUCAACAGCGUGUCUUAUGUUUCCCCUGACACUCCUCUUAAGCUAGCUGACUUCUUCAAGAUAUCAGGUGUUUACCGUCCGGGAAGCAUCUCUGAUAGACCAACCGGCGGUGGUAUAUACACCGACACUUCUGUUAUGCAAACUGACUACAGAUCAUAUGUAGAGAUUGUUUUCCAAAACGACGAAGACAUUCUUCAGAGCUAUCAUCUUGAUGGCUACUCUUUCUUUGUGGUUGGUAUGGAUGGAGGACAAUGGACAAGUGAUAGCAGGAAAGAGUACAAUCUUCGAGAUGCAGUUUCGCGUUGUACAACUCAGGUAUAUCCAAAGUCAUGGACUGCAAUAUAUAUUCCACUUGACAAUGUGGGAAUGUGGAACUUGAGGUCUGAAUUUUGGGCAAGGCAAUACCUUGGGCAACAGUUUUACUUGCGUGUAUACACAGACUCAACAUCACUCAGGGAUGAAUAUCCUAUUCCUAAGAAUGCAUUACUUUGUGGUAGGGCUACCGGAAGACAUACUCGUCCUCUUUGA